UACUGCAACCGCUGCAAUGCAAACGCAAAACCUAAAAUGGAUUCCACAGCAGUAGCUACUAAGCCUCAUGCUGUUUGCAUUCCAAUUCCGACUCAAAGCCAUAUCAAGGCAAUGCUUAAAUUUGCAAAGCUCCUCCACCAUAGAGGUUUUCAUAUUACCUUCGUCAACUCCAAGUACAACCACAGGCGCUUUCUAAAAUCUUUAGGCUCCCAUUCCCUUGAUGGCUUACCUGAUUUUCGGUUUGCAGCCAUCCCAGAUGGCCUCUCAGAUUCAGAUGGAGAUACCACACAGGAUCUCACUUUGCUUGUUGAUACCAUAAGAAAACAAAAUUUCUUGGCUCCGUUUCAUGACCUCCUCAAUGCGCUCAACAACGAUGCCAUAACAACGUCCAACAAUCCUCCAGUGACUUGCAUAGUUUCGGAUGGUUUCAUGUCCACAUCCACGAUCACAGCUGCUGAAGAAAUUGGAGUCCCUAUAGUACUGUUCUACACUAUUGCUGCCAGCAGCUUCAUGGGACUUCUACAAUGUCGUGCUUUGAUCGAAAAUGGCCUGGCACCACUCAAAGAGGAGAGCUAUUUGACAAAUGGCUAUUUGGACAAGGUCAUAGAUUGGAUUCCAGGAAUGAAGGAUAUUCGUUUAAAGGAUCUCCCAACCUUCAUUCGAACAACAAAUCCCGAUGACAUAAUGUUUAACUUCAUGAUGGAAUCAACCGAUAGAGUCCGUGAAGCUUCAGCAGUGGUUCUUCAUACUUUUGACGCCUUGGAGCGAGAUGUUUUGGAUGCUCUCUCAUCUAUGCUUCCACUUGUGUAUCCCAUUGGCCCUCUUCAAUUACAUCUUGAUCAGAUACCAGAACACCCCUUGAAUAUUGGAUACAGUCUAUGGAAAGAAGAAACUGAGUGCCUCCAAUGGCUAAACACUAGGGAGCCAAACUCAGUUGUGUAUGUGAAUUUCGGCAGCGUAAUAGUCACGACGUCUGAACAACUUGUGGAGUUUUGUUGGGGACUUGCAAACAGCAAGUUGCCCUUCUUCUGGGUAAUUAGGCCUGAUCUUGUUAAUGGUGAAUCCGAUAUUUUGCCACCUGAGUUUGUGGCUGAAACAAAGGAAAGAAGUCUAAUGGCAAGUUGGUGCCCACAGGAGCAAGUCCUCAACCAUCCAUCAGUGGGAGGUUUUUUGACACACAGUGGUUGGAAUUCAACUAUUGAGAGCCUCACCGCAGGAGUGCCUAUGCUCUGUUGGCCAUUCUUCUUCGACCAGCAGAUGGACUGCCGCUAUAGUUGCAACGAAUGGGGCAUUGGCAUGGAAAUUAGUAAUGAUGUGAAGAGGGAUGAAGUAGAGAAGCUUGUUAGAGAAUUAAUGGAUGGGGAGAAGGGUAAGAAGAUGAAAAAUAGAGUGGUGGAGUGGAAAGAACAUGCAGAAGAAGCUACCAGUCCACAUGGAUCUUCAUCAAAAAACUUAGACAAUUUAGUGAAUCAAGUGUUACUAAGAUAAAGUUAGAUGCCACGCAUCCGUGCAAAAUUUAUUGUUAAUAAUUGGUUUUUUUUUUUUUUUUUUUUGGUUAUUGUUUUGUUGUUGUUGGCCUUCAGAACUAGAAUGAUGAAGUGCAAAUAUAAAGGACCAUUAUCUCAAAUAAUAAAAUUAAAAUUAGAAUUGAAUGCUUAA